AUGACUCCACGGGCAUGGCCCGAUCCACCUCAUCACUCCACGAUUUCAGGCGCGGUAAGUCCUCGAUUACUUCAUCUGCCAAAUUCCGUCGAGGAGCCUCACCAUCCGGACGAUGACCACUUCCUGAGGGCGCUGGCGCUUGACGCAUUUGAUCUAAUAUCCUGCCACAAGGUGGCAGAGAGCAGAGCAGUGGGUGUCAUCCUAUAUAUAUUCGACCUGAUUAUGGAUUUAACAUUGCCACGGGUGGAUGAGGUGUACCAGUCUCCCACAGUACUGGAACUCUACAACAGGAGGAAAACAUAUGACAUCAUCCUGGUGGAUCACGUUUGUAACGAGAUGUCAUAUCCGUUCGUGUAUGAGAUGCCCUACAUCACUGUUGCCACCCCCGGGAUGGACCCCUCGCAGAGUGCCGUUAUGGGCAACGUUCUCAUCCCGGUCUAUACAUCUUCCUUACUGGGUGAUAACGUUCCAAAGCGGAAUGUUUACCAUCGCCUUAUCAUGACACUGGCCCACAUGCAGUAUCCCUUCUUAUAUUUCUACUGGAUGUAUAUGCCAACUCUUCAAAAAAAGAUCUGGGAAAUAUUCCCGGAGCUUCCACUAUUGACAGAAAUAAACAGGAAUCAGAGUCUGACGCUGAUAAACUCCCACUUCAGUAUGACAAUGCCAUACCCACUCCUUCCCUCCCAAGUGGAGGUGGGAGCCCUCCACUGUCGUCCAGGCAAUCCACUGCCACAGGAUCUCAGUUCAUGGAUUGAGAGUGCCGGGGAAGCUGGUGUUGUCUACUUCAGCUUAGGAUCCAUCACCAAGGGAAACACAAUGCCCUCAAAAUACCGUGAAUUAUUCAUCCAAGCCUUCAAGAAACUUAAGCAACGGGUUAUCUGGAAGUAUGAAGGCAGUCUUCCAGGCUUGUCAGACAACGUUCUCACAAAGCCCUGGCUUCCUCAACAGGAUAUUUUAAGUAAUCCAAAAGUGAAGGUGUUCAUGAGUCAUGGAGGUCUCCUGAGUACACAGGAAGCUAUGUACCAUGCUACCCCCAUCCUGGUCCUCCCCAUCUUCGGCGAUCAACCCAGGAAUGCUAAAAACAUUGCUAGCAAGGGGCUCGGACUAAGCUUAAACUGGAAGGAGUUAUCAGUUGAUCGCAUUGUUACGACCAUUCAAGAAAUUAUCAAUAACCCCAACCUGUUGGAAAUUGCUCGUUCCAUUGGCACCUCCACUGUCGGCGCGCAUCUGCGUUCACUGAUUGCUGACAAACUUAAUAGAGAAGAGAUGGCACCAUCAGACUCCCUCCCUCAACGGGAGCUAGGCAAAAACUACUAUGUUCCUCGCAUGAGGAAGAUGAUACACCUUCGGAGCAAUGAAAACUCAGAAACAACUGAAGUAAAAGACCUUAGAGAUACUGAAGCAUAUUGCUCACUUGUAUCAGUAACGUCCACCAUUAAAGACAUAACUUCAUCAACACGACCACAUGAUACUGGAUCCAUCAGGGAAGAUUCCAUGGUCCCCGUCUAUCCUCUAUACAUCAAUGGUCUGCCUAAUAUAGCACAACACCUUAAACCAAAUGCUCUUGCUGACAACACUACUAAUGUCCAAGUUCAGCUGGAUCUCUUGGACGUUGUGGAAGUUAAUCAAUUUGAAUCUCAAGAUCAUCAUAUCUAUGUUUCGUAUCUUGGAGUUAAUCCAUAUACAGACUGA